AUGCUGUCCAACGAGAUGGAAAUAGGAAUUGAGAAUAUGGUUCUGAUUCUGAUAAUAGGGGAAAUGAAGAAAAUAUUGGGAGAGUUGUCCAAAUGGCUAACACUUAAAUAUGAUAAACCAUACUGCAAUGUAUGUAAACAUAUUCUAGUUGGUAGUAAGAGCCAUAUUAAAAGACAUGCUAAUACUACAAACCAUAUUAAAAAGCUAUCAAUUUUGGAGAAAUCAAGAAAUAUCCAAGGCACCAUCGAAAAUCUUCCUUCUGUCAAAUUGAAUGUCGCUAUAAAUGAAGGUGAACUGAAAAUGUGUAUGUUUUUGGCAGAACAUAACCUGCCAUUCCUCUUGAUGGAACACUUGCCAGGAUUGAUUGAAUCUGUGUGCCCAGACUCGAGCAUAGCAAAAGAGCUAAAGUGUUCAAGAACUAAAGCUACAGAAAUCAUAAACAACAGAAUGAAAUCUUACGCAGCUGAGGAAAUCUCAAAAGAUUUGAGGAACAACUAUUUUUCAAUAAUCAUUGAUGAAACAACAGAUAUAAGCACCAAAAAGUGUCUUGUUAUUGUUGUGAGAUAUUAUAAUGAGGUUCAGCAGAGAGUGAGAGAUAACUUCUUGUCUUUGAUUGAGCUGGAAGAUUGUAGUGCCCAAAAUAUUUAUAAAGAUAUUAAAAAUGUUUUUGCUAGAAACAAGAUUCCCAUCUAUAAAAUGAUAGGUUUUGCAUCUGAUAAUGCGUCAGUGAUGGUAGGAAACAUGAAUGGUGUGAAAACAAAACUUUUGAAUGAUGUGCCUGAUUUAUUUGCACUUGGAUAUACCUCACACUCUUUACAUCUUACUGCAUCUAAAGCAUGCACAAUGCUACCAGAUUACAUAGAAAAAUUUGUCAAAGAUGUUUAUGGAUAUUUCUCCCACAGCGCCAAGAGGAAGAAGGAAGUAGAAUAG